AUGAGCGCUGCUGACAAACCCGCCGAUCCCGUCGCGGCUCCGACCGCGGCGCCAGCAGAUGAGACAAAGCCAGAGGCUGCCGCUGAGACCCAGCCCGCUGCACCUGCCGCAGCUGCUCCUGCGCCGGCCGCCACAGAGGCGCAUCCCGUUGAUGGCACCGCUUCAUCCGAGCUCAAGGAGGCGCCCGCUGCCGAGGUAGAGGCCGCUGCUGCUGCCACCGACAAAGCCGCGGAGCCCAAGACCGCCGUCGUCGCUGCUGAGGCCCAGGACGCUGAGAAGCCUGCGGAGGCCAAGACCGCAGAGACCGCAGCUGCCACCGCCGCCACCGCCGAGCCUGCCACCGACAAGCCUGCGGAGGAGAAACCUGCCGCCGAGAAGGAGAAGGCCAAGCCCGCCAUCCAGCAGCUCUGGGAGGUUGCCAAGGCCCAUGCCCACCCCGAGAUCUGGGGCGUCACCCUCGCCGACCCGGAGACCCACGUGCCCUCCCAGGUCGUCCUGCAAAAGUACCUCAACGCCAACGACGGCGACUUCGCCAAGGCCAAGGACCAGCUCGUCAAGACCCUCGACUGGCGCGCCAAGACCAAGCCUCUCGACCUGCUCAAGGCCGAGUUCAGCAAGGACAAGUUUGACGGCCUGGGCUACGUGACCAGCUACGGCAGCGUCGGCGAUGCGUCUGCCGACCCCGAGUCCAAGGAGGUCUUCACCUGGAACAUCUACGGCGCGACCAAGAGCAUCGAUGAGACGUUCGGCAAGCUUGAUGAGUUCCUCAGCUGGCGUACCGCCCUCAUGGAGUUGGCCCUCCAGGAGCUCUCCAUCGCCACCGCCACCAAGCCCAUCACGGCUGACUAUGAUCCCUACAAGAUCUUCCAGGUCCACGACUACAAGUCCAUCAGCUUCUUCCGCCAGUCCUCCAACGUCAAGGCCGCCAGCAGCGAGACAAUCAAGGUCUUUGCCCAGAACUACCCGGAGCUGCUCAAGGAGAAGUUCUUUGUCAACGUCCCCGCCAUCAUGGGCUUUAUGUACGCCUUCAUGAAGCUGUUCGUCGCCCCCAAGACCAUCAAGAAGUUCCACCCCAUGUCCAACGGCCGGAACCUGGCCCUCGAGUUCACUACUUCUACCAAGGUCGAGAGCCUGGGCGAGAAGCUGCCCGAGGAGUACGGCGGCAAGGGCAAGGAGCUCAAGGCCGAGAGCAAGGAGCCGCUGCUCAAGUGA